CCCAAACAGACUCGGGCACUUCCGCUUCCCCUCGGCUUUCUUCUCGUCGGUGUCCCCGGCAGCUUCAGAGCCGGGUGAGCGAGCGAGCGCCCGGCCGGGGACGUCGGGGGCUGGACUGCCCCGAGCUGACCCUUCGCGCCCUCCUUCUCGCCACAUCAGGUCCCCGCGGAAGCGGCAGUGGCGGCGCCAUGGCGGAGCUGACGGCUCUGGAGAGUCUCAUCGAGAUGGGCUUCCCCAGGGGACGCGCGGAGAAGGCUCUGGCCCUCACAGGGAACCAGGGCAUCGAGGCUGCGAUGGACUGGUUGAUGGAGCACGAAGACGACCCCGAUGUGGACGAGCCUCUAGAGACCCCCAUUGGACAUAUGCUGGGACGGGAACCCACCUCCUCGGAGCAAGGCGGCCCUGAAGGACCUGGGUCUGUUGCUGGAGAAGGCAAACCCAUUUUGAGUGAAGAGGAAAGACAGGAACAGACUAAGAGGAUGUUGGAGCUGGUGGCCCAGAAGCAGCGGGAGCGUGAAGAGAGAGAGGAGCGGGAGGCAUUGGAACGGGAAAAGCAGCGCAGGAGACAAGGGCAAGAAUUGUCAGUUGCACGACAACGGCUACAGGAAGAUGAGAUGCGCCGGGCUGCUGAGGAGCGGAGGAGGGAAAAGGCUGAAGAACAAAGAGUUAGAGAAAAGAUCGAGAGGGACAAAGCAGAGAGAGCCAAGAAGUAUGGUGGUAGCGUGGGUUCUCGGCCAUCCCCACCAGCACCAGAGCUAGGUCCUGUUCCCUCCUCUCCCAGCCAGGAGCCUCCCACCAAGAGGGAGUAUGACCAGUGUCGCAUACAGGUCAGGCUGCCAGAUGGGACCUCACUGACACAGACGUUUCGGGCCCGGGAACAGCUGGCAGCCGUGAGGCUCUAUGUGGAGCUCCACUGUGGGGAGGAACCUGGAGGGGGCCAGGACCCUGUGCAGUUGCUCAGUGGCUUCCCCAGACGGGCCUUCUCAGAGGCUGACAUGGAACGACCUCUGCAGGAGCUGGGUAUGGCAUGCAAGACCAGAAACCAGGACUGGGGUUGGGGGUGUGAGAGAAUGCCUGGGAAAAGAAGGGAUGCGAAGAGAAGACUUUGUGGAGAUGGUUUGAGGCCAGGAAUUUUGAGAGCAAAAAACAGGAUUCCUUGUUGUUCAAACCUGUUUUCUUCCAUCUUCAGGACUUGUGCCUUCUGCUGUCCUCAUAGUGGCCAAGAAAUGUCCCAGCUGAGAGGCCUUUAUCCCAUCUUCCCCCUCUGACCUCUUCAUGUUUGAUAAAGCACUGACAUCUCCUUAAUAAAUAGAUCCUGAGUUCUGUAUA